GGUGAUGCUUUCAACUGCUGACGAUCUCUAGUCAUCCUUCCAGAUCCAGACCCAGAGCCAGAUCCAGACCUCCCACCAUGUCUUACAGCAACAGAUCCUACAUCCAAUCUUCAAGGACCUUGAGUGUCUACGGUGGAGCAGGAGGCCGCGGCACCCGCGUCUCCUCUGCCUGCCAGAGCUAUGCCCCUACCUCCGGGGGCUUCAACCUGACUGAUGGCCUGGACCUCCACGUCGGCGCCAACGAGAAGGCCACCAUGCAGAACCUGAACGACCGUCUGUCCAGCUACCUGGAAAAGGUGCGCAAACUGGAGAAGGAGAACGAGCAACUGGACAAGCAGAUCAGAGAGUUCUGCCAGAACAAAGUUCACAUCUCCCACGACUACACCAGCUACUUCGCCAUCAUCGAAGACCUGAAGGACAAGAUCCGUUUUGCUUCCAGGCUGAACUCCAAGACAGUCUUGGACAUUGACAACGCAAAACUGGCUGCUGAUGAUUUCAAAAUGAAGUAUGAGAACGAGCUGUCCAUGAGGCUGGCUGUGGAAGCGGACAUCGUUGGGCUGAAGAGGGUUCUGGAUGAGAUGAACCUGGCCAGAAUGGACCUGGAGAGUCAGUACGAGGCCCUGAAGGAGGAGCUCAUCAUGCUCAAGAGGAAUCACGAAGAGGAGCUGAUGCUGCUGAGGAGUCAGAUGGGCGGCCAGGUCAACGUGGCCGUGGACGCCUCUCCUUCUCAAGACUUGAACCUGGUCAUGUCAGAAAUCAGGGAACACUACGAGACCAUGAUUGGCAAGAACCGCAAGGAACUUGAGGCAUGGUACCAGAGCAAGAUCGCAGUGGUGGAGCAGGACGUGAUCACACACACAGAGACUAUGACGACAACCCGCACAGAGAUUAAGGACCUGAAGAGCUGCCUGCAGAGGCUUCAGAUUGAACUGCAGUCCCAUUUGAGCAUGAAAACCUCUCUGGAAGGCACGCUAGCAGAGACCCAGGAACGCUACUCCGCACAGCUUUCAGGCCUCCAGAACAGGGUCACAGGUCUGGAGGCUCAGCUGUCCCAACUCUACGCCAGCAUCGCCAACAACAAGCAGGAGUACGACAUGCUGCUGGACCUCAAGACCCGGCUGGAGCUGGAAAUCGCAGAGUACAGGAGGCUGCUGGAUGGGGAGGAUGAAAGUUCAAGACAAGUGGUCACAAAGGUCAUCACAGUGGUGCAGACAGUUGUGGAUGGAAAGGUGAUCGAAAGCACCAAGACCAUUGAUGUGGACGUGGAUGAGAUUGAGUGAUAAAUCAGAAGCAUUGGCAUAAAUAAAGAUCAUGCAGUUGAAUUAAA